AUGGAUGCGGCAGACUUGAGAGGUGUGGUGACAAGAAGAUCACUGACAAAGAGACUGCUUGAAGCUGAAACGAAAUCACUUAGUACACGAAAAUUUGGGAGGUUUGGAGGGAAGUUCGUGCCUGAAACACUGAUCACUUGUCUGAGCAAACUUGAAGCUGAAUUCAACUUGGUCUUUCGUGAUGACGAGUUCCAGGAAGAGCUGAAGACAGCACUGAGGGACUAUGUAGGACGGGAAACUCCACUAUACUUUGCUCACAGACUCACCAAUCAGUACAAGAAUAUUAAUGGAGAAGGACCUGAAAUUUAUAUAAAGAGAGAAGAUCUCAACCAUGGAGGAGCACACAAGAUCAACAAUGCCAUUGCACAAGCUAUGCUCGCCAAACGAAUGGGACGAAAAUGCGUCGUGGCGGCCACCGGUGCCGGCCAACAUGGUAUCGCAAUCGCCGCUGCCUCUGCUAAACUCUCUUUGGAGUGUUCCAUAUUCAUGGGUGAUAUAGACAUGGAGAGACAAUNUGAGUCGCGGCGGCCACCGGUGCCGGCCAACAUGGUAUCGCAAUCGCCGCUGCCUCUGCUAAACUCUCUUUGGAGUGUUCCAUAUUCAUGGGUGAUAUAG